CUUUAAGGCCAAUUAGUAAAUUAAAUAGUUAAAAAUCCCCACCUUCUCCCCUAAAAAUCUGUAUAUACGCCACCGUAGAGAGAGAAAGUAAGUGAGAGAGAGCUAGUCGGUAGUCUACAAAUCCAUUCCUUAACUCACUGACUGACUCUGAAGCAUGGCAAUUCUGUCUCAUUCAUUUGAUUCAACCCUUCUUUGACCUCAUUUUAGUCCUUUAUUUCUCGCUUUACGGUGUCUAUGUUCUCUCUUGCUUGCCGAUAUACAUUCUUUAGGGUUUUGGGGAGAUACUAGGGUUUUUUUAAAAUUUUUGUCAGCGAGAAAUUGGAGGACUAUUUGUAGUGGGGAGAUUUGACCAAUGGAGGCCGCGGCAGGUGUUGCAGCCGCACGCGGUGUUUCUCUGUCCGUGCCCUCGUCUCAACCUUCUCGCAAAGAAUGGAGGGUUGUUUCCGAAACAUCGGUUCGAAGUUCCAGCAACGAGGAAUUGGAGCGUUCAAAGUUGGGGCAAUCGGAUGAGAGAUUGAUAUACGAGGUGCAACAGGGAAGAGAGCCGGCUGAUGUGGAUUUCUGUUCCAUUACCAUUGACGGAAGUUUGGACAAUGAUAUUUUGCAGCAGAGGCUGCAUAGCGUGGUGAAACAAAGAGAGGAGUUGCAGCAGAUGGAGACCGAACUUCGCGCUCAACUUAUAGCAAGGGGAGAAAUUAUGGAGAUGCGGAGCACUUAUGAUGCUCAUAUCAAAGAGCAUGAAAAUGCCAAAAUCAAGCUUCAGGAGCAACUGCGAGAGAAGGAACAAAGGAUACUCGAGUUGGAGAGAAAGAUGGAAGACAAAGAAAGGGAGCUGCACGCUAUCAGACUAGACAAUGAAGCGGCAUGGGCUAAAGAGGAUCUUCUUAGAGAGCAGAGCAAAGAGCUACAAACGUACAGGAGGGAGCGAGAUAACACUGAGGCUGAAAGAGCCCAGCAUAUCAAACAAAUCCAUGAACUUCAGGAACAUUUUCAAGAAAAGGACCGACAGCUGAUGGAGUUGCAGGAACAGAAUAGGAUUGCUCAAGAGAACAUCCUCUUCAAAGAUGAACAGUUGAGAGAGGCCCAGGCUUGGAUAACUCGUGUACAGGAGAUGGAUGCACUACAAUCAACUACUAACCACUCUUUACAGGCUGAACUUCGAGAACGCACAGAGCAAUAUAAUCAGCUUUGGCUUGGUUGUCAAAGACAGUUUGGUGAGAUGGAGCGUCUUCAUCUCCAUAUACAACAGCUGCAGCAUGAAUUGGCUGAUGCAAGAGAAAGAAGCAACACAUACUCAGAUGCCUCACAUGUUUCUCAGACAAAUCCAAGGGAUGUUUCCCAGAUUGGAAAGAGCAAUAGUGGCCACCUGGAUAUGAGUGGAAGUGGUUCACCUGGUGAAAGCUCUAGCCUACCUAAUGGAAAUGCUGAUAAUGCUUCGUUUGUUUCAGUAGGCAAUGCAUCAGUGCAGGCUGAUCAUGCCCAUGGUGUUCCAAUUGCUCCGUCAUCCCUGCUUGGGAUGCCAACUUACCUUCCACAUGGACAGAUGACUGCCGUGCAUCCCUUUGUGGUGCAUCAGCAAGGGGUGCCUCAUUCUGUACCAUCACAUGUUGGACAUUUUCACUCUGUGCCAGCAGUGUCAUCGCUUCAGCAGUGGCAAAACCAACAGGCUGUAUCAGAGGGUGCAGCAACUCAUGAUCAACAUUCUCUACAAACUGAACCUAACAUGUUGAGGUCGGAUUCCAAUUACAACUAUGAAUCCUCUGUAAAUGGUCAGGUUCUUCAUUCGCCAGUUGAAUCCAUAGAUACAAGCUACCUUUCUGGAGCCCAACCUCAGCAGAGCUUGCAACAAAUAUCUUCCCAGUUUCAUGAUGCUUUGAGAUUGGAUUCUCUUGCACACGUUAACGACACAAAGGAGAAGAAUGUCAACUCAUUAUCUAAUUCUCCUAUGGAGGUGCAAGGUUUAAUGAUGGAGAAAAGUGGCUCUAUCUCCAAUGAAUCAUCUUCUGAAGAAGCAAAUCAUGCUGCAAAUCUGAGCGAAAGUACAAUGGAUACUGCUGCAGAAGUCAUUCUUUCUGAAUCCUUUGCUGCUGCAGGUCAGAAAAAUACAGGUAUAGGUGGAAAAUUAUCAGAGGCUAAUCUACUUGAUGAAAGAUCAUUAUUAGCUUGCAUCGUCCGUACAAUUCCACCAGGAUCUGGAGGUAGAAUAGGAUCACCACAACGGUUAGUUGAUCUCAAUUUUUCCUUCCUUUUCAGAGAAGUUUUUCUUCCAAAUAGACUUGGUAAAAUGAUUGCCCCUCUACAUUGGCAUGAUUACAAAAAGAAGUAUGGGAAGCUUGAUGAGUUUGUCUCCAGCCAUCCUGAAUUAUUUGUAAUUGAUGGAGACUACAUACAACUUCGAGAAGGCGCACAAGAAAUCAUAGCAGCCACAGCAGCUGUUGCUAAGGUUGCUGCUGCUGCUGCUGCCGCUGUAACAUCGUCUUACUCAUCAUUGGUGCCUUCUGUUGCUGUGACUCCGAUGGCUCAGUCUCACCGGUUGAAGAAAGCUCCAUCAAUGGAGUUCACAUCUGGAAAGUCUGACAGGAGCAUUUUUAAGGAGUAUGCAGUGUCCAGGCCUUCAAAUGCCAUCGAUAACUCAUCUCAGCUAUCGCAAUGAAGAACCAGCAUCCAAAUGGUGUUUCCUUUAGCAACAGUGAAGGUGUGUCAAAUGUAAAAAUCUUGAGUAAACCUAAGGAUCACACGGGAAUGAAUAGCUCUGAGAGCAGGCAUGGGCAAUCUACGCUAUUGACAUAUGGAAAUGGAACAAAUUCUGAGAAGAAUGAUUUUGGCAGCUCCCAAAACAAGGGUUCAACUCAAUGGAAGACCAGUGGGAGUGUAGUUGGAAAUCAGCAGGGCAGGGUGGUUGGUGCUGCUGCAAGUCCUAGGAGAUAGGGAUUGGAUGAUGUCAUUACCUAACAAAUGUGCGUUCAAAAUUGCACUUUCGAUGAUUUUGGGGAUGAUGACAAGUGGGAGGUCUUAUACUCUCUAGUUCGAAUCUCCAGUUGUUGCUGAUUAAUAUCAUUCACCGCACCCUUUUCUUGAACUUGGCUCAUUUAUCUGCGUGUUUUGUAUGCUCGGAAUUUUACAUUGCUUGCGAUGACAUGAUGUGUUUUGUUAUGCUGAGUACUAAACAUUGCUUGCGAUGAUGGUCACUGGCAACUUUCAUCGUUUAAUUUUAGUCGGGGAAAAAAAUGAUAUCUGACCCUCACUUA